AUGGAGUUUCCAUGGCUCUUCCUCACCACAUUCACACUUUGUCUACUACUCUCAUUCUCUUCUACUGCUGAAUCUUUCAAACGAUGCCCUAACUGUGGCUCCACCCGAGUUCCAUACCCGCUAAGCACAGGACCCGGUUGUGGUGAUCCGGAUUACAAGAUCCGGUGUGACAUCCGCGGUUCCCUAUGGUUUGAUACCCUCAACGGAUCAACCAAUCCGAUCAAACUCAUUGACCCAUCAGGCCAACGGUUUGUCCUUGCUCCACCCGGGUUCGAACCCAACACAUGUGUAUCAGUCGAUAUCAAGAGCCACGGUAUUCAGCUAGACCCAAACCUUCCUUUCAAUGUAAGUAGUAGUAACACAGUUAUAAUCAUGAACUGUACGAAAGACGGCCUAGAUGGAUACAUCUCUCAAGGUUUCAACUGUUCAGAUAAUAGCUUGUGCCACAAGUUUCUAAAUGAGAAUCCUGAGGCACGAGGCAAGUGUAGAGGAGUGACAUCGUGCUGCUGGUAUAAGACCGGUGCAUCAGUUAAUACUUAUAAAGUUUAUAGGGCUAGGACAGAGAAGUGUACAGCUUAUCAGAGUUUUAUGAAUUUGGAUCUGACGAUGCCGGUUAGCAAAUGGGGCGAACCGGCCGUGGAGAUACUAUGGGAAGCUCCGAGAGAGCCGGUUUGUAAGAUACCGGGAGAUUGUACGGGUUUGGUUAAUUCUGUUUGUUCGGUUGAUCCAAAGAGUUUAGGACAGAAGAGAUGUUUAUGCAAGAAAGGGUUACAAUGGGACGCGGUCAACGCAGUAUGUGAAGUCAAGAGGUGCUCAAACGGAAAGAAGUGCAAGCGACGGAGCAAUUUACCUUUAAUCGGAGGUUUGGCCGGCGGUGUGGGGGUGUUAUUGAUCGCCGGAGGCGUAAUGAAGAUCAUAAUCUCGAAGCAGAAUCGGAUCGUCGCCGGAAGCCAAUCGUGGGCGAGCAUAAGGAAACUCCACCGUCACCUCUUAAGCACCAACAGCGCCGGACUCGACAGGAUCUUCUCCGGCAAAGAAAUCGUCAAAGCGACGAACAACUUCUCCAAAUCCAACCUCCUCGGCUUCGGCGGAUUCGGCGAGGUUUUCAAAGGCGAUCUCGACGACGGGACAACAGUCGCCGUGAAGCGAGCCAAGCUCGGGAACGAGAAGAGCAUAUACCAGAUCGUCAACGAGGUUCAGAUCCUCUGCCAAGUAAGCCACAAGAAUCUCGUGAAGCUCCUCGGAUGCUGCAUCGAGUUGGAUAUGCCGAUUCUCGUUUACGAAUACGUCCCUAACGGAACGUUGCACGAGCACGUCUACUCUAACGGAACGUACGAGCCGUUACCGUGGCGGCGCCGUUUAAUGAUCGCUCACCAAACGGCGCAGGGACUUGCUUACCUCCACUCAUCCGCCUCCCCGCCGAUUUACCACAGAGACGUGAAGCUGAGCAACAUUCUCCUCGACGAGAAUCUCGACGUUAAGGUAGCAGACUUCGGGUUAUCGAGAUUGGGCGUGAGCGAUGUGAGCCACGUGACGACGUGCGCGCAAGGGACGUUAGGGUAUUUGGAUCCGGAGUACUAUCUUAACUUCCAGUUGACGGACAAGAGUGACGUGUACAGCUUCGGCGUGGUGUUGUUCGAGCUGUUGACUUGUAAGAAGGCGAUUGAUUUUAACCGGGAUGAGGAAGACGUGAAUCUUGUGGUGUUUUUGAGGAAGGCGUUGAGGGAAGGGAGGUUGGAGGAGAUGAUUGAUCCGGUGAUGUUGAAAGGAGCGACGGAGGUGGAGAUGGAGAGUAUGAAGGAGCUUGGUGUUCUUGCUGAGCGGUGCGUGAAGGAGACGAGGCAGAGCCGGCCAACGAUGAAAGCUGCUGCCAAGGAGAUUGAAAGUAUUUUAAAUGGACUUUUGCUUCUGCGCCGUGAAUGA